AUGCCCACAGUGGUCUGUGCUCCAAAGGUGGUUGCUAGCCCACAUCUUCCUGAGCAGGAGCAGGUCCCUGUUCCUGUGUAUCACCCCACCCCUAGCCAGACCAGGCUAGCCACGCAGCUGACAGAAGAGGAGCAGAUCAGAAUAGCCCAGAGGAUAGGCCUUAUUCAGCAUCUACCUAAAGGAGUCUAUGACCCUGGAAGAGACGGCUCAGAGAAGAAGAUCAGAGAAUGUGUCAUUUGUAUGAUGGACUUUGUUUAUGGGGACCCUAUCCGAUUUCUGCCGUGCAUGCACAUUUACCACCUGGACUGUAUAGAUGACUGGUUGAUGAGAUCCUUUACCUGUCCAUCCUGCAUGGAGCCAGUGGAUGCAGCACUGCUUUCAUCAUAUGAGACUAACUGAGCCAGGGUUUCUCCACCAUACCUUCAAGGAGACCAUCCACUUUAAUGGGUUUGAUCCUUUUGUCAUUCAGCCCAAAGAGCCAGGAAUUAGGAAUUAAGAUCAUGCACAAAGUAUAUGUUUCCUAAUAAAUAAAAAAAAUAUUCCUGAAUGGCUGCAAAUAUUGGAAAAAACAUAGUAUUUUAGAGACUAUAGAAAAGUAGGUUGUUAUUUUUAAUGUAAAGCCUUGACCCACCAUUGUCUUUUAAUGUUUGUUCUUACACCCUUAUAUAGGAAUUGUGUAAAGUGUUACAGCAACUGUAAAUGUUUAAACUGCGUGUAUCCAAUUUUAUUAGCAGCAAGGUAAGAGUAUUUUUUUCCUAAAUAAAGUAACCAGUUUUGUUCUGAUUCUUUUCACAAGUCCUGGCAUUUGGGUCAAGGCUUUAUUGAAAUCUACAUUUUAUAACACUGGCACAAAAGAAAUAGUUUUAAGCUUGUUUGCACAGUUAUUUUUAUUUUUAUUUUCUUCUUUUUUUUUUUUUUUCCAUUGGAGAUGGAAUUCAUUGCCUUAGGUCUUUUUAAUAGUGUAUUGUUAUUGUUGGGCUGGCUCUAUGCUUGAAACCAGUUUAUUUAUAACCUGUUAAAAGUGCUAUAUUUUGUUUGCAGUUAGGAAUAUGCAGACUUCAAAGUGAUCUCCUAGCCUGUAAGCAAACUGAGAUGCAUUAUCCCUUUUCUACACUUGAUACAGACUAUGAAGCUACAAAACAAGUCCUGAAACUAUGGUUUCAUGGCUUUUUAUAACUUGCUUCAGUUUGGAUGAAACAAUAGCCCUUAAAGUUUAAGAUGUCACCUUUAACUUGAUCAG